AUGACGAACUGGAUCUUGGGCGACAAGUUCACUGAACGUUACCCACAUUUGAGUGGCGUCAAAGCGCUCUGGGAGACCAAAUGGAAAUUCCCAGCAACCAAAGGCGUCUAUCCAUUUCAUGACGGUAAACUUGAGGACUUUGCUCCAAUCUUUGAAAAGCUCAUCCAGGACAAUGUCAACGACGCUUACUCAGACACCUACACCGAGUAUUUUCUCCCUACCGCCGAAAAACUGACCGACCAAGCAUUGUCUGCCCAAGGCUCAGACCGUGCUAAAGCUGCUGAACUUUUCAAACGAGCUGCUGCUGUCUAUCGAAUCUCUCGCUUCCCGUCAGUCGAUGCCGGCUCAGGUCUCAAGCGAAGAAUCUUUGAAACACAGAAGCAGGUUUAUUUGCGUGGUGCAAGCCUAUGGAGCUCGCCCAUCACUGAAGUUAUCAUCCCCCAUUCAGCUGCAGAGGGUGCCGAUGAUAAGAGCAUCCCCCUUUUUGUGAGAAUUCCAGAAACCGCGACAAAGGGGAGCCCAGUCCCUGUGGUCUUACUGAUCACCGGACUUGACGGUCACCGACCUGAUAAUUCUGAGAGAACCGACGAGUUCACCAAACGUGGCUGGGCGACUGUCAUAACAGAGAUUCCAGGGACGGCUGAUUGCCCGGCAGAUCGAAAGGACCCAAAAUCACCAGAUCGACUAUUCACAGCAAUCCUCGAUUGGAUCCAAGCACAGCCUCAAUUUGACUCGACCAAAGUCUUAGCCUGGGGUUUAUCAGCCGGUGGCUAUUAUGCCAUUCGCGUGGCUCACACUCAUCAUUCUCGUUUGAUUGGAAGCAUUGGACAAGGUGCUGGAACUCAUCUGUUUCUUUCCAAGGAAUGGCUCGAGCAUGUGGAUGAUCAUGAAUACCCAUUCAUCCUGAGUCACGCCUAUGUCCUCAAGUAUGGAUACAAAGAUUGGGCCGAUCUCCUUGAAAAUGCGCAAAAGGACUUUAGUCUCGUUGAGAGUGGCAUCGUUAACCUCCCCUCCACCAGAUUGCUUCUUGUCAACGGAACUUGGGAUGGCCUGAUGCCCAUCGAAGAUAGCAUUCUUCUGUUCAACUAUGGUAAACCGAAGGAAGCAAGGUUCUACGAAAAGAUGUUGCACAUGGGCUAUCCACCGGCCAACGAGAGCAUUUAUCCCUGGAUGGAAUCAGUCAUGACUUCAUCAUCGUCACCAUAA